CCGGGGCAGCGGCCCAACCACCUGCACCCGGAAGACGCCAACAAGUAGUUUCUCGCUGGCGCGGGGCGGCUGGGCUGGGCGUCGGGACUCAGUCGGGCUGCCCCGAGCCCCUCGUCCGCUCGGACGCCGGAGCAGCAGCACUUUCCUCUCGGUCUCCUUAAGUCAUGUCUGAGGCACAGAGAUGGGCAAGAUCGAGAGCAACGAGAGGGUGAUCCUCAAUGUCGGGGGCACCCGGCACGAAACCUACCGCAGCACCCUCAAGACCCUGCCCGGGACGCGCCUGGCCCUGCUCGCCGCCUCCGAGCCCCAGGGCGACCCGCUGCAGCCGCCGCCCCCUGCGCGCUCGCCGCCGCCGCGGCCGCCCCCGCGGUCCCCCGGGCCGGGCGGCUGCCUGGAGGGCGGCGCGCGCAACUGCAGCGCCCGCGGCGGCGACCACCCCGCCGGGGGCGGCCGCGAGUUCUUCUUCGACCGGCACCCGGGCGUCUUCGCUUACGUGCUCAACUACUACCGCACCGGCAAGCUGCACUGCCCGGCCGACGUGUGCGGGCCGCUCUUCGAGGAGGAGCUGGCCUUCUGGGGCAUCGACGAGACCGACGUGGAGCCCUGCUGCUGGAUGACCUACCGGCAGCACCGCGACGCCGAGGAGGCGCUCGACAUCUUCGAGGCCCCCGACCUCCUCGGCGGCGACCCCGGCGACGACGAGGACCUGGCGGCCAAGAGGCUGGGCAUCGAGGACGCCGCGGGCCUGGGGGGCCCCGACGGCAAGUCUGGCCGCUGGAGGAGGCUGCAGCCCCGCAUGUGGGCUCUCUUCGAGGACCCCUACUCGUCCAGAGCCGCCAGGUUUAUUGCUUUUGCUUCUUUAUUCUUCAUCCUGGUUUCAAUCACAACCUUUUGCCUGGAGACACAUGAAGCUUUCAAUAUUGUUAAAAACAAGACAGAAUCAGUUACCAAUGGCACCAGUGUGGUCCCACAGUAUGAAAUUGAAACAGAUCCUGCCUUGACGUAUGUAGAAGGAGUAUGUGUGGUAUGGUUUACUUUUGAAUUUUUAGUCCGUAUUGUUUUUUCCCCCAAUAAACUUGAAUUCGUCAAAAACCUCUUGAAUAUCAUUGACUUUGUGGCCAUCCUACCCUUCUAUUUAGAGGUGGGACUCAGCGGGCUCUCAUCUAAAGCUGCUAAAGAUGUACUUGGCUUCCUCAGAGUGGUCAGAUUUGUGAGGAUCCUGAGGAUCUUCAAGCUCACCCGCCAUUUUGUAGGUUUGAGGGUGCUUGGACACACUCUUCGAGCGAGCACAAAUGAAUUUCUGCUGCUGAUAAUCUUCCUGGCUCUAGGAGUUUUGAUAUUUGCUACUAUGAUCUACUAUGCGGAGAGAGUGGGCGCCCAGCCCAACGACCCUUCAGCUAGCGAGCACACGCAGUUCAAAAACAUCCCUAUUGGGUUCUGGUGGGCUGUAGUGACCAUGACUACCUUGGGCUAUGGAGAUAUGUACCCCCAGACGUGGUCGGGCAUGCUGGUGGGCGCCCUGUGCGCUCUGGCUGGAGUACUGACCAUAGCCAUGCCGGUGCCUGUCAUUGUCAACAACUUUGGAAUGUACUACUCCUUGGCCAUGGCAAAGCAGAAGCUUCCAAGGAAAAGAAAGAAACACAUCCCUCCUGCUCCUCAGGCAAACUCGCCUACUUUUUGCAAGACGGAAUUAAACAUGGCCUGCAAUAGCAAGCAGGGUGACACGUGUCUGGGCAAAGACAGUCGGCUUCUGGAACAUAACAGAUCAGUGUUAGCAGGUGACGACAGUGCGGGAAGUGAGCCGCCGUUAUCGCCCCCAGAAAGGCUCCCCAUCAGGCGCUCUAGCACCAGAGACAAAAGCAGAAGAGGGGAGACGUGUUUCCUGCUGACGGCAGGUGAUUACACGUGUGCUUCUGAUGGAGGGAUCAGGAAAGAUAACUGCAAAGAGAUUGUCAUUACUGGUUACACGCAAGCUGAGGCCAGAUCUCUUACUUAAUGGCUUGGGGAAGGCACAAAACAUGAGAGAAAGUGUUGUACAGAAUUUAUCAUGGAUUUUUGACUGCUGAAAAAGGGACAGUGGAAUUUAGCCAUACCAAGGACUAUUCUGGAAACAGACUCCUGCUGCUGAAUGUGCCCUGACGUGACCAGGUUGCACUUGGAAGAGAUCCUGGCGUCUUCAUGAAGCAUGAAAAAAGCCUAUGCAAGAACUGUGGCUGGAACUCAUUUGGUGCUCCCCAUAUGAGUGGUCUGCUGAGGACUGGCCGGUGUCCGUGAAACAGCUGUAAAUACCAACAUGUAUGCAUGGGUCAACAGCUUUGGCCAUCUCACAUCGAAGGAAGCCAGAGUCACGAUCAGCAUCUCUGGAGCUUCAAGUAAGGCCCGCACCUCUGUGAAUUACCCCUUGUGGACCUGCAGUAGAUUGUGCUGUGAUCAUAAAAGCAGUGAUAUUGGUGUACUAUAGGUCUGUCUUAAUUUCCUUUAUUUCCCCUUUGUUGGUUAGAUCCACCGACACUAACUGUAUCAUUUAUUUUUAAUAAGCCACUUAUACUAGCUUGUCAUAUUAUGUUGCAAAAUUUUCAGUGCCUAUUUGUCAAAACUGACCUAUUUGGAGUCCCAUAUUUGUUUUAAGUUCUUAAAAGUUAUUUGACUUAAACUCAUUAAUAUUAUUCAUGAUUCAAGUAUUUUGUCAU